AGGAAAAGCAGGGAAAUUUUUUGAGCAAACAACCGAUUUAAAACUGAUAGGAGGGAAUCUGACGAUUCAUUACUUCAAUAAGAAAAUUCUUUGAGAUAUCCUGUUAUUCACAGGCUUUUUAUUUAAUAAGAAGAGUUGUUGAGUAUGUCAAUUUUCAAUGAGGAUUCUUGAUAGCGCAAUUAAACGACUAUUCGCUUGUCAUCGCAAAACAGGCUUGGUUUGUAUAGUUUCAAACGGGCCAUCGACCUUCCCGAGUUUACAUUUGUCUUCGUGAUUCAGCACUUUUCACCUUCGUAAGCAUGUUGGAACAGAGCACAAUAUCACUGUACCUUGCCGAGGCAUUCUGGACUAACUUUUAAUUAAAAUCUAAUUUUAAAAUGGCGGAGAGAAAAGGAUGUUUCGGAGAUAUUAGAACAUUUGUAGCGUGCUAUGGAAUUCUUGUCCUUACUGACAUCAUGGCUGGUGUAAUGAAGAAGAGUUCGCUCACUACACUCGAACGACGCUUCGAUCUACCAAGCACAAUUAUUGCAUUGCUUGCUUCCAGUUUUCAAAUAGGAAACUUGACAAUGUUGUUGUUCGUCAGUUAUUUUGGAUCUCGGUGGCACAGGCCUCGUGCUAUAUUUUGUGGAUCCGUAUUGCUAGUAACUGGUAACUUGAUCGUAACUUUGCCGCAAUUUCUUGGAGGAAGAUAUGAGUACGAUGACGUGAGCUCGAAUACAUCUACAGCUCAAAUAAGAGAAUGUGCUGAUAAUGUCACGGACAUUUCAAACAAUAAUUGUGAAAACAAAACGCCGACGAAUCAACUUUAUAUAUUACUAGUUGUUGGAAUGAUGGUGAAUGGUGUUGGAGGAACUCCAAUUCAACCACUUGGUCUAUCCUACAUCGAUGACUUUGCUCACGAAAGAAACUCUCCAUUAUAUUUAGGUUUAACAACAUCAAUAGCGCUUCUUGGUCCCAUGAUUGGAUAUGUUCUCAGUUCUGUCGUACUUAAAUGGUGGGUGGACAUUGGAUGGGUGGAUACAGCUGAAAUAACGAUAACACCAACACAUCCGAGUUGGGUUGGAGCGUGGUGGCUUGGUUUGAUUAUUUGCACAAGUGGAAUCGCGAUCACGAUGAUUCCAUUCUUGUUUUUUCCAAAGACUAUGAAGAAACAAGAAAUGAAGAAAAAGAAAAAACAAAAAUUAGAAUCCGACGAAAAGACUGAAGACGCCGAGGGCAAAGUGGAAAAAGAAAAAAUGAAAGAAGAAGAAAAUCAGACAACGUUUAAAGAUGAAGUUAGAGAUAUACCCGCUACUUUGAAACGUAUCUUCAACAAUCCCAUAUUUUUGCUGAUCUUACUCAAAUUUUAUUUUGGAAGUGCAUCAUUAGUCGGAAUUAUAAAUUUCUUACCUAAAUAUUUAGAGGUAGCCUUCGGAGUAUCCGCCUCACGAGCAAACUUUUUCAUGGGUGUAAUAAACAUACCUUGCGUCGUAGUUGGAACUCUUGUCGGAUCAAUAUUGAUGAAACGUUAUAACUUGACACCACCUGGUAUUACCAAGCUCAUAGGAAUAUCAACUCUUGGUGCAGCAAUAUGUCUCAUACCUAUGUUGACAGUUGGAUGUGAAACCAUCGAUAUUGCGGGAAUCACAGUUCCGUAUACAGAGGCAUCCGGCAAUAUUCCAACGCUUCCCAAUGAAAUCAGUUCCUGCAACAUAAACUGCGGAUGCGUCGACGGCACUUAUACACCGGUUUGUGGGUCCGAUGGAAUUUCUUACAUUUCACCCUGUCACGCAGGUUGCACAGGAUCAACUGAUGGAGAAGUAGGAUCAACAAAGAAAUUCACUGAAUGCAGUUGUAUAAGCAUGAAUGCGACGAAUGGCAAGGAUCCAGAAUCUGCAUAUGCCACUCCGGAAAGAUGCGAAUUCAGCAAAUGUCCCAAUUUACUUUUCGUGGCACUGGCAUUUAAAGGAGCCGCAAGUUUCUUCAGUGGAUUAGCAGGAACCCCCAUGUAUAUAUUUAUGAUCAGAUCAGUUCAACCUAAAGACAAAGCAUUUGGUAUCGGAAUAUAUCUAUUGUUUACCAGAUUACUUGCGUGGAUACCUGGACCUUUAGUCUACGGUGCUCUUAUAGAUUCAGCAUGCCUGUACUGGGGUAGAAAACCUUGCACUGACAAGGCAUAUUGCAAGGUUUAUGACAAUGAAAGUUAUCGGCUCAGAUUUUAUGGACUCAUGAUUAUAUUCAACGUAUUUUCGCUCAUCACAAUACUCGUACUACACAUUGUCACGAAAAAAAAAUAUGCUAAAGAUCAGGCAAAAAAGAAAGCAGAAGAGAAGAAAAAUGAGCAAGAAUCCAUUCAAAUCAAUGGGAACGGAACAGCAGUCGAACUAAAACCCCAGUUUUCCGUUACGGAUAACGAAACGUUGAGUGAAGACCAAGUACUUUUAACUGGCGAAAAUAAAAAGACUGGCAUUGCAUGAAGACUUCAGAUGAAGUUGUCAUUAUAUAUAUCUUUCUUUUGAACAAGUUUAAUUUCUUAACAUACAUUAUACUGUAACAUUUGAAUUUGCAAUUGACUGAUAAACGAAAAUUGAAUGCGUUUUAAGAGAAAAGCAUUUAUACAACGAAUAAUCAAUCAUAUAAAGAUAAUUUUGAAAUAAUCUGUAUGAGAAAAUCAACAACAUUGUAAUAACAAAAUUUGGAGUAUUUUCAGUUGUGAUGUUGCUUCAGAUUUAAUCAAUUAUUAUUUGACUUGUCGUUAAUUCAAUCUUGAACCUUUAACACUUUUAACAUUAGAUUUGCCCAACUCAUAAUUUGGAACAGUUGUAACUACCUAUGUAACCAAGAAUACCUUGGGCCACCCGCAAUCUACGCUUAAUGAAUUCGCUUCAAGAAGCAUUGCGAAUUAAUUUAAUGCUGAAUAUUCCCGUCAGCCAAAUAAAUAUUCAUAUCUGAAGCUUAGACAAUAAAGCAUAUUUACGGACCACGUGAAAACUAGUUCAGAUCCUUUAAGGGGCGUUUGUGAAACAAAUUCAGGUUUUUUUCAUAAAAUGGUCAAACUUUUCUGUUGUGAACUGUUAUUUUCUUUGCAUUCAACACACCUGAGACAUGGAAAGACUAGGGGCACUGUGCUUAUCUCUAUACAUUUGAAUUCUAUAACCAAGAAUCUGUAGUUCCCGGACAAAAUAUUUCAAAACGAAUUCCCCACCUUUACACACUACCAGCCUGCAGGAAUAUCCACCUGUUGGCCUAGCAGUCUUCAAACUUUGGUAUAAGAAGGUGCAUCUCUGUCAACCAUUGCAGUUGCAGAAUGAACAAUCUUCCUUCUAAAAAUAGGUAAUAAACUCCCUGACACUAAGCAGCCUGCAUAGUUCAUUGUUUCGGGUCCACGUGGGGUGCAAACAGAUGGUAGGAAUUACUAAAAUGGUAAUAGAACAAAAACUAUUUACCUAGCUUUCAAUUGAGGAGUAGGCAU